UUGUCUCCUUUUAUUCUUCUCACCCCCACUGCGCCGUUUCGAGUGCGAGUCGUAAUGCAUAUGUCAUGCUUGAUGAUAACACGGCACCAAAUUUGAGCUUGGACGUGCCACGAAUGUCAGAUAUUGGUGUCGUGAGCAGGUAGUUAAGGCUAUUGCAAUUGUGGCACAUCGUUUUGAAGGUGCAAUCGUCUCAGUUUGGAGCCCAUUUCAUCUCCAUUUCGCUGCUCCCGAGCUCUCUCAACAUCAACAGAUUGGAGAACCCGGCAUUGUUAGGUUGGAUCCAUUGAGAAAUUGUCUCGCAGGGAUGGCGAAGUUGGUUCCUAAUGUCCUCCCUGGGGAGGUCGACGUUGUGGUGGCUGCAUUGAAGCCGGACUUAGGCUAUCUGGAAGUAUGGCGGGAGAUGUUGAAGGGAUGCCAUCUGAUUGUGGUGCAGGGGGAAGCGUUUCCCGAGCCGAUAAGAGUGCCCGAAGGGUUUGAUGCGGAUGUGUAUACGAGGGACGACAUCGUGAAGUUGUUAAGUGCAGAGCUAGUUAAGAAGCUCGGAUUCAACGGCCGUAGCUGCAGAAGCUUCGGCUACCUCAUGGCCAAGCGGCGGUACGUGUUCUCCAUGGAGCCGGAUUGCUCACCAGCCCAGGACCCGGAGGGCUACGUUGUCAACCCCGUUGUGGAGCAUGUCGUGAACCUCAAAAUUCCUGCGACACCACUCUUUUUCAACACAUUAUACGAUCCAUAUCGAGUUGGGACGGAUUUCGUGCGAGGGUAUCCGUUUAGCUGGCGGGAGGGUGUGCCGACAGCCGUGUCUCUGGGUUCCUGGAAAAAUGCUACCACGGGACGAUAUGUGGAUGCGACACUGACCAUCCCGAGGAACACCUUGUACACAAUGAGCGGGAUCAAUCUGGCAUUUGAUCGAAGUCUGGUGGGACCGCUCAUGUUCGAGCCUCCUCAGCUUGCCUCUGCAAAUGGCGCUGGUGAGCUUUGGGCGGGCCUCUGUUGCAAGACGAUUUGUGACCACAACUAUUGGGGUGUGAAGACUGGUUUGCCCUACAUCUGCCGUAAUGAAGCGAAUGUAGCGAACGAGAAGGCUGCUUUAGGGCAAGGAGAUGGCAACAAGCUGGAUCUAAUUGCUGGGUUUUUCCAGACCAUACGGUUGAGUGGCAAUCCAGUGGAUGUAAAGGGUUGUUACCUUGAACUGGCGGAGCAAGCGAAGUCCAGGCUGUCGGCCGGAGAUCCCACCUUCAACGAGGUUGCGUCGUCUAUGCAGGCGUGGAUCGCAGCUUGGAGUAAGCUUGGCCAUUAACACCACCAUUUGAAGACAUAUAUUAGGUCUGGUUUUAGUUUCAGCAAGUCCAUACUCCUUGUUACAUACUACCGAGUAUUGAAAGUAUUCUAUCGGGCUUGUGUCUAAAGGAGAUCUGUUGACGGGUCCUGGUUUUAAGAGUUGUUACAAAAGGUUCUUGCUUAAUCUUGCUUCGGUUUAUAUGCUCUUUUCCUUUUUUGCUGUCAACCGUCAGCAUGUGCGACCCAUACGCUUGCUUAUUAGAUCAUAAAAUUAUUGAUGUAGUUCUGUUUACUACACCGUUUUCUAGUGUGGUGUACAUUGAUUCUUAAAUUCCACAUUGUUUUACUUUUACAUAGCCGCAAUAAAAUCUUGUUCUUGUAAAUUUCACAGUAA